GGCAGACAGACAGAUACCUAACUAACAAUAUACACCCCCACCACACAGGUACUGCGGGUGUUAACAUGUGUAGUAUGCCUUCAUAUCUUCUGUGUGUUUAAGGGGUCAUUAUUCUCCUUUACCACAAACUGUCACCUCCUCAAGAACGGUCUAGGCGCUUGGAACACUCAGCUCAGGAACACCCUUGAAGACAUCUGGCAACGCAGGGAUCGAACCAGAGGACGCCUUGGCCUUCUGGUCCAAAGUCACUACCAACUAGUCCGUCUAGUCCGUGAGACAGAGUACAUCUUCGGUCCAAUGCUACAGUGUUAUUAUGCAUCUACGGUGAUAAUUCUCUGCACCGAGUUGUACCUCUUAGCCUACCGUAUAGGGUCCAGUCAAUACUCAGCUGAUGGGGUAAUAGCUACAAGCCUCAUGACACUACAGACUGCAGCCGUCUUUGUGCAGGUGUCUCUCUCGGCUGCUGCUGUACAGGAGGUGGCCGAUGACAGCAUAGAUGUAUUAAGAAGAGGUCUUCCCUAUGACACUUCAGACAGAGACAAAUUUAAUAAAGACGAAUUGACGACAGCAUUGACAGGGUCGCCCUUGUACAUCACUGGUGGCAAAUUCUUCGUCAUCAAUCGACCAUUUAUCAUAACAGUACUGAGUGCGGUCGUCACUUACUUUAUCGUCAUGAUCCAGUUUAUGCAGCCCAGCCAAUCAGAGCAGCAGGAUGCAUCGAACUACACUCUCUCUCUCAAUAUCACCGAUGUCAGCCAAUUAAACUUCACCAAUUUCAGCCAAUUUAAUCUCACCGAUGUCAACUAGCUGGACUUCAACUGCAAUCAAUUUAACCUCACUGACAUCAACAAGCUGGACUUCUAAAUAACAGCUUAAUCUCAGCUUAAGUGUAAAGUCAUUCUGAAAGUAAAUAUGUGGAUAUUUAUAAGUUAAUUGUAAAUCUAUGAAACAUGUUUUGGAUGAUUCAGUAAUGAUGAAAUAAUGACCAAUAAUGAUGUUAUAGAGAUAAUCAGGUCUUACAACCUCUCAGAACCUCUCACAACUUCUCAGAACCUCUCACAAUGCCUUACAACCUCUCAGAACCUCUCACAAUGCCUCACAACCUCUCAGAACCUCUCACAAUGCCUCAGAACCUCUCACAAUGCCUCAGAACCUCUUACAAUGCCUCACAAUGCCUCACAACCUCUCAGAACCACUCACAACUCUACGUUUCACAACACUCACUUGUAAACGUCAUCCCAUUCUGUUAUAUAAUCUUGUUUAUUUGUAAGAGCAAUAAUUAUAAUACUGGUCUAUGAUUUGUUAAAUUAUUGUACAUUUUUUCAGUUUAUUCACAGAAAUUAUUGAAAUA